AUGAACAAGAACGCAGUGGCGGGUCCGAGCAGAAGUGCAGUUCAACAUGGUACAUUGGUCACCAACAACCGCACGUCGGGCGCAGGUGCCUCUACAGUCAGUGUGCUCGCUGAAAAGGCGCGCUUGCGACCUCCUCGCAAGUUUAGGCCUCGGGUCGAUGACAGCCGAGCGGGUGGCUCUGAGCGGUAUGCUCGCGUAGGGCAAUCUCAUGCGGCAGCCAGAAUCGCGCGGAUCAUGCUCACAGUCACUCAGUCGGUGUCGGCAACGAGCACGCUCUCCCACGCUGGUCAUGUAUCGAGCGCAUCCCUCAAAGGAAAGGCGCGAGCCAUGGACCCGGCCCCCACGGCACAAAGGCUUUUGCGCAGACAAGAUUCACCGAUCAGCUUGGAUGGGCUGGACAAGGAUAAGGGGGACAGAAGCGCAACGCCGCCAACACAAUCAUCAGAAGGCGCUGACUCUUCUAACGUGGGUCUGCUCAGUGCUGGCGCUUCUUCGGUGCCUCUAAUCAGCGAUGGGACUACUGCGCUGUCUCUGACUGCGAGCCAAGCAUCAAGCUCCUCGUUCCUUUUGCCGCCGAUGUCAUCAUCAUCCUCCCCGAGCAUCACCGCAGCAACCACAGCUGCAGUACAAAGUCUUGCACCGGCGUCACUGAUCCAGAAUGCUGCAGCUUCUACGGCCAGUAACGAUGCAGAGGGAGCAGCCCCGCACGUGUCUAUAAAGCACAACUUGCCUUUGCAAUUGCUCAUCACGGUGGGCGCUCUCGUAGUCUUUGCAAGCUUGCUGGCAAGCUCUGCUUGGCUCUGCAGGACGCGCUUGCCUUGCACGCGCAAGAGGAGGAAGCGCCGUGACAAGACGACGUGGAGUCCAGCCGCUGGCAGCACCGAAAGCUUUGACGUCAAGUCUGUCGAUGCUCGGCAAUGGGCCGCCAAGUAUGCCCAGACGCCCAUGCUUUUGAAGGAUGACGUUCAACGGUUUGCUGCCGCGCCUGCAGUGCCUACCGAUGCGGAGCUACAGAGGCCUGCGCCUUGUGCGAUGAUCGCCACCAGCAACCAGCCUUGCGACCAGCAGUUCGGCCAACGAGGGUACCAAUUGUGGGAUGCACCAAUGCCGAGCGCUCCCCGACAAAGCCCUAGUGAUGUUCCGACCACUUGGCAGGGCAUGGUCGACGGCGGCGGCGGCAACUAUGCAGCUGGUGCCGCCAUGACUUGGACACCCAACGCGUCGGAUCGUGCAAAUGCAGAAGACCGAUUUGGCGAAUUGCACAGUCUUCCUCCUGCUCGUCGACCCAGCUUCAUCGAGCGUCUGCUCGUUGCCAGGCCCAACUCAGCUGGCUUGCCGGACGUCUUGCGAGGCGACGAAGAGCAAAGGAUCAGUAACCCUCAUCAGUCCACUACCGAUGAUCUUUUGCCUUCGGCGACGCAGCUGCACGAGACUUUUAUAGAUCCACCGGAUAAAAGUCAGAGGCAGGUCCAGCAGCCUCCCGCGACUCGCUCUGCUACGCUCCUCUCCACCGUCCUAUCGACGCUCGGUGUUCACCAGAAUGCGAACUUCAAACGACCACAGAAGCACGCACGAGACCUCGACUCUGACUUUGAGGGCACUAUUGGAGCCAAGGACGUCGAGCUGCCGAUGGCUCGACGCGUCGGCAAACGAGAGUCUCGUUUUCCAUGCGACAUCAGCUCCGACGAAGAUUCUGCUGCCACUCUGGCAAUAAUUUCUCGGGCGCGCAAGACGUUGGAUGCAUCCGGAGAGCCGUAUUCUAGCACGCCAAGGACACCGGGUCUUGCGGGCCUAGGAUCCGCAUGGGCCAGGGUAGCACCGCUCGCAGCAGCAACAAAGCGACCAUCCCCCCUAGGACCCCUGUGCGUGAUUCCGCCUGCCAUCAGCGCGCCCAGUGUUCCUGCGCCCGCGGCUCGAGCUGGAGCAGCGCUAGGCGGAAGGACCAUCACCUUGUCAGAGCUGAAGCUGUUGCAAUCGCAGAAAGAUCUCGGCCACGUGCUCAGUCCGGCGAGCAACAACCGACACAAGCUCGAGUCGACUGUGGCUAGAUGGCUCACGGUCAGCCGAUAUGCUGAUCUAGUACAGCAGACUCCACUGGCGACCCAAGGUGCGCUGCCACGUAUGCCUCGCAGACGAGACAGUGCUCAUAGCCUCACGCAGUCCGAAGGUUCUUCAAUGACGCUGGCUUCUUCUGACCAAGGUCUGUCUCGCAUGCCGAGCAUUGUGCCGCGCUUUGGCGCCACGACGACGCUCGAAAGCUGGCUGGAAAAGGAUCCUAUCAAAGGCGAUAGCUCCGAUGCUGGAGUCAACGAGCUCGUCAACAUUCUCGGCAUGUACUCCAUGGGAGACGGUGCGUCCACAGCUGGCUCCGAAUCGCUCUCGUUGGCAGACGUGCCCCCAAAGCGGCCUCUCGAAGCAUCUGCGGGCGGUGCGACACCGAUGAUCUCGCUGCCAACAGGCGAUAGCAUCCUGCCUCCUUCGUACCGCAGCUUUGGCACAGCCGAACGGCUGCAAAGAGAGGAGACGAAGAGCUCAAACGGUUCUUCGAGAAGUCGGACCCAGACAUGGAGUCAAAGCAACGAGGCGCUCGAAGAAGAGAAGCGUCAAGUAGACCGUCGUCAAAAGCUGCACCGCAAGGAACAGCGCAGGAGCGCACGGAUGCAAGCUAGACACUUGGCCCUGUCUCAAGAGGCCGAAGCGCAGCAGGCCACUCAAGCGGCAAGUGUCGAAGAAGCUCAAGAUCGCCGACACACGAUCCUCGAUUUUGCGAUGCUGACAGCGGGUCAAAGUCCCAGAGUAGGCGUGACACGCUCACGCAGUCUUGCAAGCUCAGUCUACUCUAACAACACUGCUCCUUCGGAGUAUUGCAAUGCGCCCAUCCUUUCCAAUCCUGCGACGGUCAAUCGCCUGUCGGUCAUUCAGGAGCAUAAGAGCCCAUCAUCUCAAGAGUCGCAAGCUGAGCAGGCAGUGGCAGCACCUUCUCCGCAAAGUGCCAUAGAGGCGAAGGCUACGCUUCACGUGCCUGUUCAGAAGCGUAGAGUUUCCUCGGCACGACUCAUGGCGCCCCUCUCACCGCCCGACUCCCCCUGGACUUCGCCCGAUUCUCGCACUGGGCCGAACAAUGGAAGGUGGCAAGGAGGACCUCAAAGACCUCGCGAUUCAUUCAUCGUGCCCAAGCGGUCUGCAGCUACCUCCGCAAAUGCGGCUCUGCCUAGCGAUAGACGCGAGCUGCUGGAAAAGAAGCGCCAGGCUUCGAAGUCUCAGCGCGAUGUGAUCCCGCCCACGGGUCACCUUGUCGAUGUCGCACCAGGUACCGGCGGCCAUCACAAAGACGCAAGACGCGUCGUCUCUGCCCUUCCGACCAAACAGGCCAUGCGCAGUCAGGGCGCGCGCAGAGAUCGAGUGGUCAGCGAAAAGGCAAUCUUGGCGUAG